CCCCGGGCCCGCGCGGUUGCAGCGGCCGCCGACCUGCAUUGGAAUGAAACGGCAGGCGGUAUAGAGGGAGUACUGGCAGAUGAAGAGAAUACAUUUCAACAGAAUAAAAGCAGUAACAGUAAAAAUAACAGCUACAAUAGUGCAAUCCAGAAAGAAAUCACGCUGCCUUCAAGACUAAUCUAUUACAUCAACAGAGACUCUGAAACUCCUUACCAUAUCCUGGAUACUAGGGCAAGGUACCAGCAGAAACACGACAAGGCUGUACAUCUCGCCCAGGCAAGUUUCCAGAUUGAGGCCUUUGGCUCCAAAUUCAUCCUUGACCUCACAUUGAAUCAUGACUUGUUAUCUUCCAAUUAUGUGGAGAUUCACUAUGAAGAUGGAAAACCAAAGCUUUCUAAGGGUGGAGAGCAUUGUUACUACCAUGGAAAUAUCAGAGGUAUCAAGGAUUCCAAAGUUGCUCUUUCAACUUGUAAUGGACUUCAUGGCAUGUUUGAAGAUAGUACUUAUUUGUACUUGAUAGAACCGAUGGAUCUCACCCACAGUGCAGAAAGUAAAAGUCGGCCACAUAUCAUCCAAAGAACUUAUGGAACACAAGCGUCCAAGCAGUUGCAGGACCUUGAGACUGAAUCUAGUUCUGAAUGGCCCUUUCUGUCUGAACUACAGUGGCUGAGGAGAAAGAGAAGAAAGAGAGCAGUAUCUCGUGGUAUCUUUGAAGAAAUGAAAUAUCUGGAGCUCAUGAUAGUCAAUGACCAUAAAAUGUUCAAAAAGCACCGUUCUUCAAAUGCAUACACAAACAAUUUUGCAAAGUCUGUGGUAAACCUUGUAGAUGCUAUAUACAAGGAACAGCUGAACACCAGGGUGGUUCUUGUGGCUGUGGAAACUUGGACAGACAGAGAUCGUAUUAAUAUUCACCCUGACCCUCUGCAGAUGCUUCAUGAUUUCUCCAAAUAUCGACAGCAUUACAUCAAACAGCAUGCUGAUGCUGUGCACCUGCUCUCGAAUGUAACAUUUCAUUACAAAAGGAGCAGCUUAAGUUACUUUGGAGGGGUUUGCUCUGUGUCCAGAGGAGUAGGAGUAAAUGAGUAUGGCCUCCCUUUGGCCAUGGCACAGGAACUAGCACAAAGUCUUGCUCAGAACCUUGGAAUACAAUGGGAGCCAGCUGCCAGGAAACCGAAGUGUGACUGCACUGAAUCCUGGGGUGGUUGCAUCAUGGAGGAGACGGGGGUAUACCAUUCCAGGAAAUUCUCCAAGUGCAGCAUUGCAGAAUACAAAGAAUUUUUACUUCGUGGGCGAGGUGCCUGUCUUUUCAACAGACCAACAAAGCUCUUUGAAACCACUGAGUGUGGAAAUGGAUAUGUAGAAGCAGGAGAAGAAUGUGACUGCGGUUUCCGAAUGGAAUGCUAUGCAGACUGUUGUAAGAAGUGCUCUCUUUCUAAUGGAGCUCAUUGCAGUGAUGGACCCUGCUGUAAUACAUCAUGUCUUUUUUUUCCACGAGGCUAUGACUGUCGAUAUGCAGUGAAUGAAUGUGAUAUAGCAGAGUUCUGCACUGGAGAUUCUGGCCAGUGUCCACCAAAUCUUCAUAAACAAGAUGGGUAUGCCUGUGAUUCUAAUCAGGGUCGUUGCUAUAAUGGUGAAUGCAAGACAAGAGAUAAUCAGUGCAAAUAUAUCUGGGGAUCUAAGUCUUCCGGAUCUGACAAAUUUUGUUACGAAAAGCUUAAUACAGAAGGCACUAAAAAAGGAAACUGUGGAAAGGAUGGAGACCGAUGGAUUCAGUGUAGCAAACAUGAUGUUUUCUGUGGCUUUUUGCUCUGUACUAAUCUUACUAGAGUUCCCCGAGUUGGUCAAGUUCAAGGAGAAAUUAUCCCAAAUUCUUUUUAUCAUCAAGGACGAAUAGUGGACUGCAGUGGUGCUCAUGUUCUUUUAGACGAUGAUACAGAUUUGGGUUAUGUGGAGGAUGGAGCUCCAUGUGGACCUCACAUGAUGUGUCUGGACAAAAAGUGCCUGCCAAUUCAGUCCUUGAACAUAAGCAGCUGUCCCAUUGGUUCUAAUGGAAAAGUCUGUUCUGGUCAUGGGGUUUGUAGUAAUGAAGCGACUUGCAUUUGUAAUUUCUCCUGGGCUGGGACAGACUGCAGUAUUGAUGAUCCUGUCAGGGAUACUGGUAGCAAGAAGGAUGAAGGACCCAAGGGUCCUAGCGCCACCAAUCUUAUAAUAGGCUCCAUCGCUGGUGCCAUCCUGGUAGCAGCUAUUGUCCUUGGGGGGACAGGAUGGGGCUUUAAGUUAUCAGAUGUUCAUAUGAACAUACGGUACUGUGGUGUCAAGGCCUUAUCAAACAAAUGUCAAAAAACGAAGGUUCGAUCCAAGUCAACAAGGCCCUAUCUGAAGAAAUGCGAUUCAGAAAGCUGCUUCUUGCACUACUGGAUUUGGGGUAUGAUGUCUUUGCUGUAGCUGCACAGGAACUAAAUCAGUAAGGAAGAAGAUGAGAAAUAGUAACUAUAAACACAGUGUUGGGAUGUUAGGAUUUGAGGUGGUAGAAGACUGUCCUUUUUGGAGAUAAGUUCAAAAUACUUCCUCCGUUCACCUUUCUCUUGUUAAAAUUAACUGACAAGUGUUACAAGGAAACUUUGUUUCAAAAUCAGGUGGGUUUUUUUCUUUCCUCAAACAAAGGAGGAGACACACAAACCAAGUGCAAUAAGAGAACUGUUCCAAAACACCAAAAUAGCA